AUGGGAAAUCUUUUUAUUUUAGUUCUUCUUCUUUUGAUUUCUAAUAAAAAAUUAUUUCCUUUUUCAUUUAAUCAACCAAAUUUAUCUUCAACUGCAACUUGGAAUCGAAAUGCUAUUACUUUUACUAAUCAAUCUAUUGUUGAAAAAUGGCCCUCGACCAUUUUUAUCAGCACAAAUAAUACAAUCUAUACAAUUAAUCGAGAUGAAAAGAAGAUUUUAAUAUGGAAUGAAAAUAAUCUUAAUUUCACAUCUAUUAAUUUAAAUAAUUUCUCAUUUCUCUCAUCUUUUUACAUAGAGGUAUCAUCUUUAUUUGUAACAUUAAAUGGUGAUAUUUAUUUUGAUGAAGGAGAUGAAGAGAAUAGAACAGUGCAGAGAUGGAUUUCAGAGAAAGACGCUUUUGAAACUGUUAUGAAUAUAAAUUCAUCAUGCUCUCAUCUCUUUAUCGAUAUCAAUGAUAAUUUGUAUUGUUCAAUGAUCGAGAAUCAUCAAGUAGUGAAAACAAACUUGAAGAAUUCUUUGAUGACAUUGAUUUAUGUUGCUGGAACAGGUGAUAAAGGAUCCAAUUCUAAUCAACUUGCAUAUCCUCAUGGCAUUUUUGUUGAUGUGAACUUAGAUUUAUAUGUGGCAGAUCGUGGGAAUCGCCGAAUACAAUUAUUUUCAUAUGAAGAAACAAAUGCUAUUACAGUUGCUGGUAAAAGAUCUUAUAAGUUAACUAUUUCACUUGUUUUUCCUACUGGAAUUACGUUGGAUGUUAAUAAAUAUUUAUUUAUUGUUGAUUCUAAGAAUUAUCGUGUGAUUGGAGAAGGACCUUACGGUUUUCGAUGUUUAGUUGGAUGUUAUGGAAGCGUUUCUCAAACGAAUCAAUUGAAUGGUCCAAACGCUAUGAGUUUUGAUACUUUUGGUAAUAUGUUCGUUGUUGAUUCAUACAAUAAUCGAAUUCAAAAAUUCUCCAUAGAAAAUUCUUGUGAUUUGCCAUUUAAUCAACCAAAAUUGUGUUCAAAAUCAGUUUGGAAUCGAAAUGGAAAAACAUUUGCUGAUCAAUUAAUAGUUGGUUUAAAUCCUUAUUCAAUCUUUAUUGAUAAACAAAAUUCAAUUUAUUCAAUUAAUCGAGAGAAAAAACAUAUUUUACUUUGGAAUGAAAAUCAUAUUAUUCCAUCAAAAAUUAUUUCGAUUGAUGUUGAUAAUUCAUCAUCUUUAUUUGUUUCAUCAGACUGUGAGAUUUUCAUUGAUAAUGGAAUGAAUAAUCGAGUGGAAAAAUGGAUAUUUAAUAAAAAUGUAUCAAUUAAUGUAAUGAGUGUCUUUUCUUCUUGUUUUGGUUUAUUUAUUGAUAGAGAGAACUACUUGUAUUGUUCAAUGUCUAAACAUCAUCAAGUUGUUAAAAGAGAUUUUCAGGAUUCUGUCAUGGGAUGGAAUGCCGUCAUUGGAACAGGUGAUAAAGGUUCAACGUUAGAUAAACUUGAUCAUCCUCAUGGAAUAUUUAUUGAUACAGAACUCGAUAUAUAUGUUGCAGAUUGUGGAAAUGAUCGAAUUCAACGAUUUCACUCCGAAAAAAAGUUUACUAUUACAGAAGUAGGAAAUACAUUAUCUGCAAAGCAUCAAUACUCACUUUCAUGUCCAACAUCAAUUAUAUUAGAUGUUCAACAAUUUUUAUUUAUUGUUGAUUCAAAUAAUAAUCGAAUUCUUCGAUCAGGACCCACUAAUAUUCUUUGUGUGAUCGGAUGUAAUGGAAUUACUAUUAAAUCUACUCAGUUAUUCGUUCCAACUAGUCUUGCUUUUGAUAGUGUUGGGAAUAUGUUUGUUGUUGAUUCAAGAAAUCAUCGAAUUCAAAAAUUUGAAUAUUCACCAAAUUCUUGUAAUAUGUUCUCAGUUAUUGAAUGGACAAAUUCCUCAACAUUAACUGAAAAUAGCCAAAUUUAUUCACAAGUUUGUAAUAGAAAAAGUUAUUAUUAUCAAUCAUUUGUGAUUCAAGUACCUGAAAAUCGUUAUUAUUCAAUAUGGAGUAUUUCUCAAAUCGAUACAUAUGCUUUUAUUUAUGAAAAUAAUUUUGAUCCACUUAAUCCAAAUGAAAAUCUUUUGACAAAAAAUGACGAUGGAGGAUCUAAUAAACAAUUUAAAUUUCAACUUCCUCUUUAUAAUGACACAAAAUAUAUAUUAGUUGUUACAACAUAUUUUCCAAUGGAUACUGGUGAUAUUACAAUUCAUAUGUCAGGUGUUAAGAAUGUUCUUAUUACACGUCUUUCAACACUCGUGAAUAUUCAAUCGAAAUAUCCAUCAGAAUUAAAGAUAAGUAGUCGAAGAUAUUGUCGUGAUUAUCUCAAACGAAGUUAUUAUUAUGAAACAUUCGAAAUUAAAGUAAUGAAAACAGAUUUAUAUGUUAUUUGGAGUGAAAAUAAAAUAGAAACAUAUGGUUAUCUUUAUAAAGAUCAUUUUGAUCCAUUACAACCAUUUGGAAAUUUAAUUAAACAACACAGUGGAAAAUGUAAUCAAGAACAAUUGAAAUUCUAUAUUAAUCUUAAAGAAAAUACAAAAUAUAUCUUAGUUGUAACAACAUAUUAUCCAAAUAUAACAGGAAAUUUUUCCAUAUCUAUAUCUGGUCAAAAUCACGCUACUAUCAAAUAUUUUAAUUCUAAAGAACAAAGUUGUUCCGUUGGAGAUCGAUGUCAUUUUUAUUCUACAACAAUUGGUUUACCACUUGAUGAUAUUUUACGUGGUGAAAUUCAAUUAAAUGUUACUUUAUCACAUCAGUCAACUUCAAUUCAAAUAAGUUCUAUUUUAACUAUUUUAAUGUUUAUUGGUGGAUUAAUUAAUAGUCUAUUUUCUUAUUUAACAUUUCAAAAUAAAGAUUUACAAAAAACUGGUUGUGGAAUAUAUCUAUUUACAUCAUCAAUAACAUCUCUUCUAACAAUUUCGAUGUUUUUUAUUAAUUUUUGGUUUUCUCUUCUUAUUCAAAUCAAUGAUUUAACAAGUUUUUCUAUUCGUCGUAGUGGUUGUAUUAUUAUUGAACCAAUUUUAAAACUUUUUCUUUAUUGUGAUAGUUGGUUAAAUGCUUGUGUUGCUGUUGAACGUGCAAUACAAGUUUUAAAAGGUGUCAAAUUCAAUCAAAAGAAAAGUAAACAAAUUGCUCGAUGGAUUAUUUUCAUAUUACCAUUAUGUAUUCUAUUCAGUCUUCUUCAUGAACCUUUACAUCGUGAAAUGUUUACAUAUGAAACUGAAAUUGAUAAAAUUAAUAUUAGUAAAACCGAACAAAUAGAAAAAGAAACUGACAAAUCAGAAGAGAAUAAAACAUCAAUUGAUACAAUUUAUGAAAGUAAAACAAGUAAACAUGUUUGGUGUGUUGUUCGUUAUUCAUCAUCUAUUCAAUAUUAUAAUAUAAUUAUUUUAUUUUUUCAUCUUCUUAUUCCAUUAAUUGCAAAUCUAUUUUCAGCAUUAUUUAUUAUAUUUGGAUCUGCACGACAACGAUCUAAAGCACAAAAGAAUCAAACUUAUAAAGAACAUGUUUAUCAACAAUUUAUUGAACAUAAACAAUUAAUAAUAAGUCCAAUUCUAUUAUUAAUAUUAUCAAUGCCUCGUUUAAUUAUUUCAUCAUUACCUGGUUGUAUAAGAACAUCACAAAAUUUAUGGUUAUAUCUAACUGCUUAUUUCUUUUCAUUUACACCAUCAAUACUUAUCUUUAUUAUCUUUGUUGUACCUUCAAAUACAUAUAUGAAAUCAUUUCAAAAUUCUCUUAUGACUUGGCGACGUCGAAUGCAUCGAUUAUCUCCGGGUCUUCUAUUUCUUAAAUUUAAUAAGAAGACCAAAUAA